AAUCUAGUUAUGCGUACGCUAUUUUGUUGCUUUUUGUCGUCUGCUGUGCGUUCGCUGUGCCAGUGAUGAGUUGGACAAUAACGCCGCGCGGUUUGAUGCUGUCCCCGCGUCAGCAUUGCGGCUUUUGUUCUGUGUUGUUACAGUGAGAUAGAACGAUCCCGAGUGUAGUUACUCUGCGACAGGCUGUUUUUUUGGCUUUGUUUGUACAGAGGAAGUGAUAUUGGAAAGUGACGAUUGUGCAAAACGGAAGGACGGCAUAACCGAGCAGCAUAGUUGUUGUUUUCAUUCAGUUUUGGUUCCAUCAAAAUAUCAGUUACCGGAGUGUUGUAGCAACAGUGAGGCGCAGCAUAAAACGUUGUGAUACAUUUCAGUGAAAUAAACGAACGCAGGAUGGCGCAUCAUCAAGGGCAGGAGGUUGGCGUACAAGAUUUUGUACUGCUAGACUCGGUAACGCAAGAAAAUUUCAUGGAUAACCUCAAGCGAAGGUUUCAAGCCGGCAAAAUUUACACAUACAUCGGUGAGGUUUGCAUUUCGGUGAAUCCGUACCGCGAGAUGAACAUCUACGGGCCGGAAUACGUCAACCGGUACAAGGGGCGGGAGCUGUUUGAAAAUGCGCCCCACAUCUUUGCGAUUGCUGAUGCCGCAUAUCGGGUGCUGAAGCAACGUAACAACGAUACCUGCAUCAUGAUUUCGGGCGAAUCGGGCGCUGGCAAGACCGAGGCGUCCAAAAUCAUUAUGAAGUACAUAGCGGCCGUCACGAACCAGGGUAAACAGGGCGAGAUUGAACGCGUAAAGAACGUGCUCAUCAAAAGUAAUGCAAUUUUGGAGUGCUUUGGCAAUGCGAAAACUAACCGCAACGACAACAGCAGUCGAUUUGGCAAAUACAUGGACAUCGAGUUCGAUUACAAAGGGGAUCCGGUCGGUGGCAUAAUUACCAACUAUUUGCUGGAAAAGUCCCGCGUCAUACAGCAGCAGAUUGGUGAACGCAACUUUCAUUGCUUCUACCAGCUUUUACGCGGUGGCUCUAAUAACGAGCUUCAGCAGUAUAAUCUUGUAAGAGAUCCGGGUGCAUAUCAUUACACGAAUCAAGGAAGCACAGAGGUUUUGUCGGAAAAAUCGGAUUACCGAGCAACGACCGGUGGUCUGCAAGCUCUUGGAUUUAGUGCGGAUGAGAUUUCCAUGGUAUGGCGUACGGUAGCGGCAAUUCUACAUUUGGGAAAUAUUGAAUUUCAAAUGAAGGAUGAGAAAAUAACCAUAACCAACGGGAAAACACUGGCCCAAGUUGCUCAACUCCUGCAGGUGACUGCGGAAGAAAUGCGUACCGCUUUAACAGAACGAGUGAUUGCAGCGCGAGGAGAAAUUAUGACAAAGAGCCACGACACAAAGCAAGCAGAGUAUGGUCGGGAUGCGUUGGCAAAAGCGAUAUACGAUCGUAUGUUUACCUGGAUCAUACAACGCAUCAAUAAAGCUAUUCUCGUCCCAGGAAGUACUACACAGAAACGCUACAACAAGGUGAUUGGCGUGCUGGACAUUUAUGGGUUUGAGAUUUUCGACCGUAACAGUUUCGAACAGUUUUGCAUUAACUAUUGUAAUGAAAAGCUGCAACAGCUCUUCAUCGAGCUCGUAUUAAAACAGGAACAGGAAGAAUAUAACCGUGAGGGUAUUGAAUGGACCAAUAUUGAGUAUUUCAACAAUCAGAUAAUUUGUGCCUUGGUAGAGCAAGCCGAUAAGGGCGUUAUUGCGAUCAUGAACGAAGCGUGCUUGAAUGUGGGCAAAAUAACAGACGAAAUGCUGUUGGGUGACAUGGACAAAAAAUUGUCCCAUCAUCCUCACUACAGCAGCCGUCAACUGAAGCCAAUGGACAAGGAGCUGCGUCACAAGGAAGACUUUCGUAUCACGCAUUAUGCCGGCGACGUAAUUUAUUCCAUCAGCGGGUUCAUCGAGAAGAACCGUGACACAUUGUUCCAAGAUUUCAAGCGCCUGUUGUACGGUUCGCACGACAAACUGAUCAGCUCGAUGUGGCCCGAAGGUGCGCAGGACAUUUCGAAAACCACGAAGCGGCCCCUAACCGCAGGAACGCUGUUCCAAAAAUCGAUGGCCGAGUUGGUGGCGACACUUUUGCGAAAGGAACCACUGUAUGUUCGAUGCGUUAAGCCGAACGACAUCAAAAGCCCGACCGUGUUUGACGAUGUCCGCGUGGAGCAUCAGGUGCGAUACUUGGGGCUGUUGGAGAACGUUCGUGUACGGCGUGCCGGCUUUGUGCACCGUCAACGGUAUGACAAAUUUUUGCUACGGUACAAGAUGAUUUCACAGUACACCUGGCCAAACUUCCGCGGCGGUAACGAUCGGGACGGCGUGAAAGUGCUGAUGAACGAGAAAAACUUUAGCCACGAUGUGCGGUUUGGAAAGACGAAGAUCUUCAUCCGUUCGCCGCAAACGCUGUUUGCGCUCGAGCAGCAACGGAACGACAUGAUACCGCACAUUGUGACGCUUUUGCAGAAGCAGGUACGUGGUUGGAUCGCGCGCCAGAAGUAUAAGAAAAUGAAGGCGGCGCUCGUCAUCAUGCGUCAUUAUCGAAAGUACAAGCUGAAGAGCUACGUGCAGGAUUUGGCCGUCCGGUUUCGUAAUGCACGCACGUUACGCGACUACGGCAAGGGCAUACAGUGGCCACAGCCUCCGCUUGUCGGUCGGCAAGCGGAACGGCACUUGCGGAUGCUGUUCUCCCGCUGGCGUGCGGCUAUGAUCCUGCGCAAAUACCCACGUGAAGAGUGGCCCCAGCUAAGGUUACAGAUAAUUGCUGCCAGUGCGUUCCGCAAGCGGAGAAAAUUCUGGGGACAUGAUCGCCGGUGGCUCGGCAACUAUUUGUCAAUCGUGGCAGAAAACAGUAAUUAUUCGUCGUACAAUGCGAGUGUGCGUAACAUCAAGAAUACGGAUCACUUUGAUACGAUUGUGUUUUCGGCGUUUGUGAAAAAGUUUAACAAAUGCAACAAAUCGGCUGAUCGCGCGAUCAUUGUGACGGAUGGCGCUAUUUACAAACUGGACGGGGCUAAGAACAAAUUCCGGAACAUGAAACGCACGGUUCCGAUUAGAGAGAUCACAUCAAUCAGUGUCAGUCCUGGACGCGAUCAACUUGCAGUAUUCCAUUCGCAUCAUAAUAACGACCUGAUCGUGUCGCUGCAAGGAGAACACCAACCCUUGAAGGAGGAUCGUAUCGGAGAGCUGGUGGCACAUGUCGUUAGGCGAUACUUUGCUAUCUGCCAGCAAGAUCUACCAGUGAAUGUGGCAUCCACGUUUCCUUUACGUCUGGGAAAUAAAUCACGUUCGUUAAACAUCGAGGCCGCCGUCGGUCAAGAUUUGCCGGAAUUUUCACACGCCGGUACCUUCAUCGUUUUUAAGGUUCCUCCAGCAUACGCCAGUCCGUUGGAAUCGACGGAAACAUCAGCACCUAACACGUUACCACAACGAUACUAGAUCAAAUAAGUAACAACACUGGACAAGCAGAAGUGCCAUUAUUAGCGAAGUGAGGACGAUACAGCUUCCUCCCAAGUAUUGACAAAAAAAUGCACGCAUUUCGUAAAAGUGUAUUCCACAUUGACUUACGCGCAGAUGGAAAAGCGGAUUCAACUGAAUGUGAUAAGGGAGUUUUGUACGUUGUUACCGUCUUUGAUUUUUAUCAAUGGAACAUUAAGCAGCAUUAUGGUGAAUUAUACAUUCACAAUUCAACGGCCAACACAAAAUUGCUGUUGGCGAAGACUAUUUUUUGCGGCACCAUCUUUAUGUUUUUAUAUACCUAGUUUUGAAUUUUAUUGUUUUGAUAAUUAGGAUUAACAUGUUCUUAAAGAAUGCUUAGGAAGCUGUAAGUCGUUUAUGAUUUUCUUGCUGUACUUAUUAAGCCAAUAAGGCUGCACAUACCCGGUCGGUGCAAUUUUUUUUAUCGCGGACUGCAAAUGCUGCAAUUUGUGCCUUUAACGAUAUUUCCACUAGCAGGAAUGGCAAUUACAAUGUAGUAUUAAUCGUUUCUAUUCUUAAUGCAGCAAAUAUAUCAGUAUUGGGGAUUGAUGCUGACUGGUAAAAUGUUUUACACGAUCCAACGCUGAAUAAAGAAUGUCGCGGCUUUCAACAUUUAA